AUGACCGGGGGAAACUUCUUUAACAAGCUCUUUCAGUAUAUUUUCUACUUUCACGUUCUCCUUGUCACCAUCUUGGUCAUCAUUCUCACGAUUCGAGGUGCCCUAUCAGCUGUUCACACCCAUGAUUUCCAUCCAAAGGAGUGGUAUAUGUCCGUCCUUGCUUCAACGGCUUGUGCUGGAAUUAUAGGUUUCACAUGGCAAGCAUUCACAAGAACCAGUCCUUCAAGAACUGUUAGGGUUGCAUUUUGGCUUAGCCCUCUUCUUACCUGCGCAAUUGGGAUUUUACUCAUCUACAUAGGCACGCCAGUGAGUUCAGCAGCCUCUGCUAUUGCCUUUCUUUCUGCCCUUAUUCAAUCCUUGUAUGCAUGCUGGGUUAAUCCUCGUUUGGAGAAUGCCACACGUAUAGUGAAAAUUUCUAUUGGACACCGUCCUCCAAAAGUCAUGGUUAUACUUCUAUCAAUCAUCAUAGGUACUCUUUGUUCAGCUUUCCUGGUAACCGGCAUUGGAGGAGCCACUGCCACCAGAACUAAGGUUGACUCUCUAUUCAUUUUCCUAAUCAUCGCAAGCUUCACAUGGACCAUGCAAAUCAUCAGGAAUACAAUGCACGUUGCUGUGUCCUACGUCAAAUAUAUGCAAUUUGCACACAAUAUAGAUGUUGCAUUUACGGCAGCAUUCAAAAGCACAAUUAAACAUUCAAUGGGGAGUAUUUGCAUUGGAUCUAUUCUUGUACCCAUUGUUGGAGUGAUCACAGGAAUAGCUCGAGCUGUAAGUUUGGUAUCAGGCGAUGUAGAUGAGUUCAUGUUCUCGUGUGCAGAUUGCUGUUCAGGAAUUGCCUCAAGGCUUGUAGCAUAUGGAAACAGAUGGGGUUUUGUGCAUGCAGGGGUGUACAACAAAGGAAUGGUGCAGGCAUCAAUUGAGACAUGGGAAUUGUUUAAAACACAUGGAAUUGAAAAGACGAUAGAUUCUGAUCUCACCAGUUCAUUCUGCUUUCUAACUGGGGUAGCAACAGGAUCCCUAUGUGCACUAAUAGGAGGCAUAUGGUCAUUUGUGAUCCAUAGGAGCUAUGCAACUGGAGUGACAAUGUAUACCUUCUUAACUGGAUAUCUUGUGAGUAGGGUGGCCAUGGCAUGGGUACAAGCUAGCGUUUCAGCAUAUUAUGUUGCUUACUCAGACUAUCCCCAGAAUCAGGAAUUGGAUGCUGGACGCCCAUCUAACAUGAUGGAGGAUCCACAGAGAUCACGAGUAUAG